UCGCAAUAAUGGUCACGAUGACUUUUUUUGAUGCAAGUUGGUGUUUGCCGAUCACCAAAGUUUCGCAAUGCUAGACAGCAUUGUGCUUUUCCUGUUUUGAUGUCUUGGGAGGAGGCUGGGGGCUUGGCCGAUGAGGGAUUUCCCCACUGGUCUUCCACGAUGAUAUUUGUUUCCACCUCGAUACUCUAACAACGCGCCAUUGAGGUUGUGUAACGUUCGACCUCAGGCAAGAUGCCUUCCAAUCACCACCAUUCCGAAUCAACACCACUUCUACACCACAUCGUGCCACAGCACAUCCAUCCCGAUGGAGAGAGCGGACGUACCGGCUUCCAAGCUUCGCACUUUGUUCAAGUAGCCUGGAGAUCUGGGAGCAAUGCAGCGAAAUGGACCAACUUGCUCUGGCCCGUUGUGCCAGUAGCUUUCAUCCUACACUUUGCCUUCCCAAACAACCCACUUGUCGUGUUUGCGCUCAGCUACAUUGCCAUGAUUCCAGUCGCGAACCUGCUCGGGUUUGCUGGCCAGGAGUAUGCGCGGAAGAUGCCUAAGGUCUCUGGUAUUCUUAUUGAGACCGCUUUCGGAUCAAUUGUUGAGAUUAUUCUCUUCAUUAUUCUGAUUACAAAGCACACGGCAUCCGAAGGUUCCUCUGAGCAUGGCAAUCUUAUCCCUGUCAUUCAAGCCGCGAUCCUGGGUUCUAUCCUGACCAAUCUGCUACUGUGUCUUGGUCUGUGCUUCUUUGUCGGCGGUCUGCGACAGGCAAGGCAGAAGUUCCAUGCUUCAAUCAGUGAAGUUGGCAGCGGCCUGCUUCUUGUCGCUGGUUUUGGCCUGCUCAUUCCCAGCGCGUAUUACUCUGCUCUAAAAGGAUCUGCUGUUCACAAGGCCACUAAGCACCAUGAAUUUACUGAGAAGAUCCUGCAGCACAACGUGCUCAAGAUCAGUCAGAUUACAUCGAUUUUAUUGAUGAUCGCCUUCGUCAUUUUCAUCUUUUACAAUGCUCGCUCCCAGCACAGUAUUUUCGAUGAGGUGUUGGAGGCCGAUGAGCACGCCGAUCUUGACCAUCAUGAAGACGUGGCAAAGCCAAAGUUUACAUUCACCGAGUGUCUUGUAGCCAUUGCACUGUCUCUUGGCAUUGUGACCAUGCUCGCAGUCUUCCUUGUCGUCCGCAUCGAGGAUGUUGUCGAGGCUGGUAUUCCUGAUCAGUUCCUCGGUCUCAUUAUGCUUCCUUUGGUCGAGAAAGCCGCGGAGCAUUUGACUGCUAUCGAUGAAGCCUGGGAUGGCCAGAUUAAUUUCGCUCUUUUCCACUGCAUUGGUCCCUCGAUUCAGACAGCGCUAUUCAAUGCUCCGCUAGUCGUCGUGGUCGGCUGGUUUCUUGGCAAAGAUAUGGAUCUCAACUUUGAGAUCUUCAUGGUCGUACUUCUCGUGCUGUCCAUCGUCGUAGUCGGCAACUUCCUGCGUGAUGGUGAGAGCAACUACUUAGAGGGAAGCCUGCUUGUUAUCGUCUACAUCAUCAUCGCCGUCGCGUCAUGGUAUUACCCUAACCCAGAUGUAGCCACCUCGAAUGGGGGGCUUGAUGGUUGAAGCAGGAUCAGCUCGAGAUAGCGUCAGUGUUGAGAUUUGAUAUGUUACAGAGGACUUAACGUUACAAAAUCUUCUUUCUCUGUUAUAAAUCGUAACAACGGCAUGAGGCAUAUGG